UCCCCCGGGUGGGAACCGGGGGGAGACUCCCGUCAAGCUGGAGAGGCCGGGCCCGGGCCCUAGCCCAAGCCCGAGCCCCGGGAGCUGGGGCCGCACCGCCAUGAUGAAGACCCAGUGCCUGCUCGGCCUCAAGACCUUCGUGGCGUUCGCGGCCAAAGUCUGGAGCUUCAUCCUCUACAUCCUCCGGCGGCAGAUCCGCACCGUUAUCCAGUAUCAGACUGUUCGCUAUGACAUUCUACCUCUGUCUCCAAUCUCAAGAAACCGACUCAGCAGCAACCCCUCCAUCCCAGCGGAUUGUCCAAGUGAAAACGCUCAGCAUCGUUUCUUACGGGCCUGUGUUCACUUUGAUUUCUUUCCUUUUAAUAUUCUUAAAGAAGCUCUGAUGCACUGUACUCUAGAACUAGGGAGCUAUAUAAAAGAUCUCUCCGUAGUACACGGUGAUCUGUCCAGCAUUAUCAUAUUGGACAAUUCGCCAGGCGCAUACAGAAGUCAUCCAGAUAACGCAAUACCUAUUAAAUCGUGGUUCAGUGACCCCAGUGACACAGCACUCCUGAAUCUCCUCCCAAUGCUUGAUGCAUUGAGGUUCACGGCAGAUGUGAGAUCCGUCCUCAGUCGGAAUUUACAUCAACACCGGUUAUGGUGACUCUCACUUCCAGUUCCCCGCUCCUCUCUCUCCCCUCCUCCCCAUCCCACAUUCCACACCCAUCAGUGUGUCCGGAAUGGCCCUCCCCUGCGUGUUUGAUCCCUCCCUCCCUCUGCCCAGUUCCCCCCUCCCCUCCCCCCCGCCGUCAGGGCAAUCGCACUCAGCUCGCCCUGACCGACGCGUCUGGGCACAGCAGACGACAGUGCCAGUCUCCCUGAAGCCGAACAUGUGCUGCCAGCCUUCGAUGGCACUGAAGCCACGGGACAGUAUUGUACAGUGUUUUAAACAAAGAAAGAAAACACCAGAUUUAAUCCACCCCUCCCUCUCUCGUGCACGUGUGUGCACACCCGUAUGCACACCCACACACACGCACACUCGCACGCGUGCACAAACACACACCCACACGUGCGCUUACACGCAAACACACAAACGCAUGUGCGCUCACAAACACGCGCACACACAAACACACUCACGCAAGUGCACACAUGCAUGCACAGCCGCACGCGCGCGCACAAACAUGCACACACAAACACCCCCCCCGCAUGUGCGUGCACGCAAACACGCGCACACGCAAACACACAAACGCGCACACACCCGCACGCACGCACACACAUCCACACACAAACACACGUGCAUGCACACGCAAACGCAUGCACAUGCAAACACACAAACGCACGCACACACAAACACACACGUGCAUGCACACGCAAACACGCGCACACGCAAACACACAAAUGCACGCACACACAAACAUCCACACACACACACACACGUGCAUGCACACGCAAACACAUCCCUGCAAGCGCGCACGCACACAAACACACCCGCACACGCAGACACACACAAUCGAUUAUGAAGAAGCUUGUUUUUUUUUUGGUUCCUUUCUCCUCUCCCAUUUUUAAAAAAAAAAGAAUAAUUUUCUUGUAUUAAAAAGGAAUUUGAACUUUU